AUGGGAUUGCAUUUGCAUUUGCUGCAAGCCCAAUUACUUGUGUCAAUUCUGCUUAUUUUUGUUUCAAGAUCAGUUUCUACUCAAUCAAAUUUCCAAAUAGCAAAGCCCAACUGUACGGAUCAGGAUCAUUGUGGAAAUGUAAGUAUUCCCUUCCCUUUCGGCACGAGGGAAGGCUGUUACUUAGACGAAACAUUCUUAGUCACUUGUAAUGACACCCACUAUGAUCCUCCCAAACCAUUCUUCAGAAAGUCAAACAUAAGUAUCACAAACAUAUCCCUAGAGGGCCAAAUGCGUGUCAUGCAAUUCAUAGCAAAAGACUGUUAUUCUCAGAAUGGCACUAGAGUGUCAAAUAAUGAACCCUGGAUAAGAGUGACCCGUGGAUUCGUGGUCAGUAAUACUGCCAAUAAGUUCUUUGUCAUUGGCUGUGAUACUUACGCUUCUGUAUCUGGGCGGCGGGGGAACCGGAGUUACUCGACAGGGUGCACUUCCACGUGUGACAACAGGGAUGAUCUGGUCGACGGCUCAUGUUUUGGAUUAGGCUGUUGCCAGAUGUCUAUCCCGAAACAGGCAUGGAAAGUUAAGGUGACAUUGUAUAGCUUUCAUAAUUUGACAACUGUGUGGGACUUCAAUAACUGCAGCUAUGGUUUUCUAGCUGAAGAAAGGGCAUUCAAUUUCUCCGCAAGAAAUCUUUCCAACCUGAGGAAUGUGAAAAAGCUUCCAAUGGUGGUUGACUGGGCAGUUGGAGAACGAACUUGUGAGGAAGCUCGAAAUGAUAUUUCUAGUUAUGCAUGUAAAAGUGAGAAGUCUGAGUGUUUUGAACCCGAUAAUGGUUAUGGGUAUCGUUGUCGUUGCCAGGAAGGUUAUGAAGGAAAUCCAUACCUCGAUAAUGGCUGUAAAGACAUUGAUGAAUGUAAGAAUCAAAGUCUCCAUAACUGUGAAAAGCAAUGUAAGAACACACCAGGGGGGUAUAAGUGUGUUUGCCCGAAAGGCUACCAUGGAGAUGGUAAAAAAGAUGGACAAGGUUGCAUGCGUGGUCAAUCACUUGUCUUCAAAGUUGCUACAGCUAAGCCCAACUGCACUGAUCAUUGUGGAGAUGUAAGUAUCCCCUUCCCUUUCGGCACAAGGGAAGGUUGUUACCUUAGUGAAACAUUCUUAGUCACAUGUAAUAACACUCACUAUCAUCCUCCUAAACCAUUCUUGACAAACUCAAACAUAGAAAUCAAAAACAUAUCCCUGGAGGGUCAAUUGACUGUGUUGCAAUUCAUUGCGAAAGCCUGUUAUGCUAGGAAUGGCACCAGAGUACACUAUAACGACCCCUUUAUAACCUUCCAAGAAUUCACAGUCAAUAAUACCGCCAAUAAGUUCACUGUUGUUGGUUGUGAUACUUAUGCUUUUGUAUACGGGGAAUGGAUUAACCAGAAUAAUUACGAGACAGGGUGCACUUCCCGGUGUUUCAGCAAGGAUAAUCUGGAUGACGGGUCAUGUUCCGGUGUAGGCUGUUGCCAGACGUCUAUCCCAAAAGGCGUGAGGGAAGUUAAUUUGACGUUGAAGAGCUAUGAUAAUUUCACAAAGAGCUAUGAUGAUAAUCGCUCUACCGUCUGGGACUUCGAUAAUUGCAGCUAUGCAUUUCUUGCCGAGGAAAGUGCAUUCACUUUUUCUCCAAAUAAACUUUCAAGUCUGAUGAAUGUAGAGAAGCUUCCCAUGGUGGUUGACUGGGCAAUUGACAGAGGAACAUGUGAGGAGUCUCAGAAGAACAUGUCUAGUUAUGCAUGUAAAAGCACUAAUUCCAACUGUAAUGAAACUGAUAAUGGGUAUCGUUGUUAUUGUUCAGAGGGUUAUGAAGGAAAUCCAUACCUCAGUGACAGUGAUGGUUGUAAAGAUAUUGAUGAAUGUAAAAAUUCGAGUCUCAACAAAUGUGAAAAGGACCGAUAUUGUCAAAAUGAAGAAGGGACUUAUAGGUGUUUUUGCCCAAAAGGUUACGAUGGAGAUGGGAGGGUAGAUGGACAAGGUUGCAUUCGUGGUCAAUCACUAAUAUUCAAACUUGUUGCAAGGAUUUCUCUAGGAAUUGCGGUUCUUGUACUUGUUGUCUGCUGCUACCCAGGAAAUUCCUUUAAUGGUAGCAUCAAAAGAGGAGCCUUCUCCUAUGAUUCCAUGGAAAAUGCUGAAGAGUAUAAAAGUUCUCCAUGUUGA